UUUAACAACCCUUCAAUCCCAUAACAGUAAACCGCUCUUCCUCCCCGGACAAAAACCUUCUACUAGAUAAAGCCUUCAAAUACCCAAGUCUGUACAUAGUCAAUAUUCACGACCAGAUCACCGCAAGGAAAGCUCACCCUUGCGUUAUCCUUGAAUAGUCAACAAAUGCCUUCUAUUGGAAGAUUGGUCUUGAUUUCAAGCUCUAGGCUUUUUAUUUUUCUAUGGCCAUGAAUGUUGUUGGACAAGAAAUAUGAUACAGAUUCUGUAAUUUAUUAGGCUUUUUAUUUUUCUAUGGCCAUGAAUGUUGAUGGACAAGAAAUAUGAUACAGUCUGUAAUUUGUUCCUUUUAGAAUCUCUUCGUAUUUGUUUAGGAAUUACUAGUCCUGUUAAAGUAAUGGGUACCAAGUGUUUGAAGGAAGUUCUGCAAAUGAUGUUGGCUGAAGGAUCAUGGCUUUGGCUUAUAAAAUUGUGCAUACUUCGUCCAUGAACAAUUUCUGUUCUUGAUCUGAGUUGAGUUGCGAAAAUGGAGGGCGAGUCGAAACCAAGCGACGAGCUAUCUAGAUUCUUAGAUUCCGGUAUUUACCGAUUCCCCAACUCAAAUGCCGUCUUCAUCGACCCGGUUCGCGUGCUCAACCGAUCCUACUCCCGGUUUAAGGUAUCUCCUUCCGCCUACUACUCCCGUUUCUUCGAAUCCAAACACCCCGCUCAAGAAUUCACUCUCUCCUCUAAUCCGAAGAAACGAAAACGAAAACCGAAGAAACAACCUCACUCCCUCAAUGAAAAAGAACAAGCCGCCGAUCAACGCCACCAGGAGGCGAGGCCUUUAUUGUUAAAGGCGCAUGAACUUUUACUUGGAGCGGCUGAUUUUCUAGCGAUUAUGAGCAAAUUAAGGAGCCAUUUUUGUUCUUCGAAGGAAUUAUGCGGUGGCGAAGAACAUUCUUUCAUUGAGCUUGGAAGGGUCUGGCAAGCUCCUUUGUAUGAUAUAACUCUCGAUUUUAAACUUAGUCGACUGACAAACCAGAGUGAUAAUGGAGAAAAUGGAAACGGUGGGCAGAGAGUGCUUCCGAUUUUUAAUAACUUAGUCGUGAAUGACACACAUGAUGAAGUGGAGGCUGAAUUUCUGAACCGCCAUUAUAUAUUACCCAGAGAGAGUUGCUUCUAUAUGUCCGAUUUGGGGCAGCUUCACAACCUUGUUCCUGCUGAGCCCGAUAGUGGUUUCAAUCUUAUAGUAAUUGAUCCUCCAUGGGAAAACGGAAGUGCUCGUCAGAAAUCAGUCUACCCAACUUUACCACACCGGUAUUUCUUAUCCCUUCCUAUUAAGCAACUUACGCACAGAGAGGGCGCACUUGUGGCCUUAUGGGUGACAAAUAGAGAGAAAUUGCAUAAUGUCAUUGAGAAAGAGCUAUUCCCGGCAUGGGGAGUUAGAUAUUUGUCUACUGUUUACUGGUUGAAGGUGAAAGUAGAUGGCUCAUUGAUCAGUGAUCUUGACCUGUUUCAUCAUCGGCCAUAUGAAUGCCUUCUCCUGGGAUACUGUCAUGGAAAAGUGAUGAAUGAAACAGAUUCAGAAUACCUUUCAGAAUUUAGGUCAGUAAAAGACAAACAGAUCGUCAUAAGCAUUCCAGGAGGUUACUCAAGGAAGCCCCCAAUUGGAGAAUUACUGUUGGGCCAUGUUCCAGGAGUUAAACCUGCUCGAUGUAUUGAACUAUUUGCUAGAGAAAUGGUAGGUGGUUGGGCAUCCUGGGGCAAUGAACCCCUUCACUUUCAGGAUUCAAGAUAUUUUCAAAGAGAGUGAAUGCAUAACUUAUCCAAUGUAAUGCCAUCUUGUGGGUUUUUACCAGUGGAAAUCUGGAAUUAAGUGUUCUUCUUACCAAGGAAGUGCCUUAAACAAACUGCGACUCUGUUACUCUAGCUGAAAUGCUAAGAUGAAAAGGUUCGGCAGCUGAUGCAGGUGCUUCUUAUAUCAUAUAAGACAAGACUCCCUAAUUCCCCUGGAUGAUAUCGAUGCCUAUGCUCGAGGGAAUUGGAUUAGGCGUAGCUAGCUCUGUGGUUUUUGUCUAUGGCUAACCUCGUGCGAUGUGUUUAUUUCCCAUUCAAAAACAAUGACAUUCCGAUGGCCCAAAGAAAUUAUAUAUCAAGAAUUAUCGCCUUACAUUUGUCAGUGUUUUCAGGUGUUUAAUCAUUGGUUUUUUUUUUUAAUGUGUUUAAUCAUUGUUGGAUAUCAAGAAUUUACCUUACAAGCAAA